AUGGCUUUCGGAGGAACAGGUUUUAGCUUUGGUAAUAAUACUCAAAAUCCCACUAAUACUCAACAAACAAACACAGGUUUUAGCUUCGGUGCUCCUCAAACAACUGGCUCUACUGGGUUUGGAGGAUUUGGAGCUAGUGGUGGUUUUGGCAGCACUAAUCCAUUUGGUGGUACCACUUCAAAUGCCUUUGGAAAUCCUGCAGGUGGAGCGAGUUCAAGCGGAACAGGGUUUGGUAGCUCUUUAGGUGGUGGUGGGACUUUAGGCUUUGGAGGUACGACGACGAAUACGGGUUUCGGUCAACCCCAGAAUGUCACAAGUGGCUCUGUGACCGUUCCAGGUGCGUUUGGAGGAUCCUUUGGCACUAAUACUACUACCACUAGUACAGGAGGAACUUUUGGGUCUGGUGUUGGAGGAUUUGGUGCUUCUCCCACACCUGCUUUUGGUUCUGGUGCAUUUGGUUCACCAGCUAAACCGAAUUCCAUUGGAUUACAGCCAUCUAAUACAUUUCAACUUGGACCAUCUGCUACGGGAGCAUUUGGCGCCCAAAAAUCCGCUUGGUCUUUUCCAUCUACAACAACGGCGACUCCAUCUCUAAAUUUUACUUCAUUUAAUCAAUCAGCAACGACCAAUCCUUUCUCGUUUUCGACUAGUGGAACAGGAGGAUUGAAUCUCGGUCCAGUUGUGAAAACCCCUUAUGAAAAGUUGAUUGAACUUGGUGUUGCUUGGGCAAUUAAUCAUCCUGAUUAUAAAUUUCAGUUUUAUUUUUAUAAUAUGAUUCACCCCAAAGAUAUGAAGUCUGUUGGACCACCAACAGAUCGGUCGCCAGCAUUAUGGGAACAAGCACAAAAAAAUAAUUCUGAUACGUCAUGCAGUAUGGUCCCAUCUUUGUCACUCGGGUUUGAUGGAAUCAAAAAACGAAUUGAAUAUGCACAGAAAUAUUCUGAAAUGAGUAAACAUAAACUUGAGGAACUAGAAAGACAAAUAAAAAAUAUGGAAGAUAAACAUCACAUGGACAACUUAGUAAAAAUUGACCGAUGUAAACAGAAAACUCUGGAAAUUACAGAACGAAUGAUAUCGGUCAUGAAACAAUUGCACCUAAAGAAACUCAAAGGAAAACCACUUCGUCCUGAAGACGAAAGAAAUCAAGCAGAGCUCGAACGAAUUCAUCAAAAGUUACAGAGAUCACUACAGAAAUUAGAACACUUGAAUACUGAAGUUAGUCGGAUGAAAGUCCAGAUGGUGUCGCAGAUGCCGACUACGCAAAAGUUCAGUGUGGGUGACGAACGUCAAUUGAAUUCAAUAAUUGAGGUGUUGUCUGAUGAACAACGCGGUAUUGUUCAACUCAUACGUACAGUUCAACGAGAUUCAGAUGACGUACAAGAGCACUAUUCUUAA